AGUCAUGACACUGCAUCACUUGAAGUAUUUUUUGCCCAAACAGUUUUGUUUUGGAGCGGUCACAAGAAAUUUGUCGAAAACAACAUUGGCGAUUGAAACCAGUUUUGAUAACACUGCAGUUGCAGUCAUUUCGAGCGAUAAUCGGAUCUUGGCCGACGAGAUUUUUGAUCAGGUAAAGUAUCACAACAUGACAGGUGGGACAGACCCGCGAUUUGCCAAAAGUCUACAUAAACGACAUUUACCAAAAAUAACUGAGAAGUGCUUGCUCAAAAUUGGUGCUACCAAUAUUGAUUCAGUUGCAGUUACAACAAUGCCUGGAAGAGCAAUUUGCCUUGAAAUUGGGUUGCAAUAUGCGAAAGACUUGUGUCGUCGCCUCGAAGUUCCGAUGAUUCCUGUGCAUCAUAUGAGAGCUCAUGCAGUAGUUGCAAGAAUGUACCACUCUGAUAUAUGCUACCCAUUCUUGACGCUUUUGAUCUCUGGUGGGCACUGUUUACUGGCUUUGGUUGAAAGUGUUGACCAGUUUUGGUUACUGGGCGAAAGCUUAGACAUUGCUCCGGGGCAUUUUCUUGACUGUGUUGCCAACGUGAUGGGCUUAAAUGAAAUGGAACAGUUCAAGUCGAAAAGUGGCGGCGCUGUUUUGGACUCUUUGGCUAUUUGUGGUGACCCGGAUCUGUUCCCAAUUAAUUACCGUGGAAUUAGGAUGUGUGGCGGAACCCCUUUAAACUUUUCCUUCAGUGGCGUGUUGGCAGCAACCAAGCGUGCUGUUGUGAAGUUCAAACAAGUUAAUAGUGAAGAAUAUUUCGAAGAGAUGUUACCGCACAUUGCAGCCGCUGCGAUGCGAGUUGUGAGCAAACAUUUGUUGCACAAAUUGACCCGAUGUAUGUACUUUCUUCACGACAAGUCCAUUGAUGACAACCGCACUCUGGUGGUGUCAGGUGGGUGUGCCUCGAGCAGAGUUCUGACAGAAGAUUUGAAUAAGUUAUGCCGGCUGAGAAAUUACAAAUUGUUCAUCCCUCCGCCUAAUGUGUGCAUAGAUAAUGCUGUUAUGAUUGGGUACACAGCUCAUGAAAUGGUUGAAUCAGGAUUUGAACCAAUCAGAUGUGAGGAUUUAGAAACUGUUGAAGUCGAUGGAUUUGCGAAAAUUGGAAAUGAUGCCACUCGGAGUGUAAACAUAUCAAAGCACAUCACAAGUAACUUUCGAAGACUAACAAUGUCUGAAUUUUCAAUUGCGAAUGAAAUUAAUGGCUUCGAGAGAAGUUCAAACUCGUUUGGAAGUUUCGAACGUAUUUUGAAACACUAAUAAAUCAUAUUAGUUAUUUUUACUGGUUAAUAUUCAGGUC